AUGAUGCUCCGAGCCGCCGUUGCAAGAUUCAACCAAGCUCAAAGCGCACGCAAACUUGCGCUGCUUAGUCCUACUCACAAGGCACCGAAUAUGGUGGUCAUGCCGAGUCCAAUGGAUCAACAGGCUCGACAUGCUGGCAUUCGAUUGGAGGCUAUUCGAACUCCAAAAGAGUACUAA